AUGAUUGGCCAAUGCCCUAGGAUCCAAGAUGAACUCCAUCUAAGCGCCCCCCGAAAGAGCCAGUCUUUCCCCCCGACCGACAACAUAACCGGAACACACUCCCCCAUUUUUCCCUCUUCUUCAGACGUCUUAGGACCUCUGAACUUCAGUCGCGCACCGCGUAGCUCAAGUUCCCAUUCUUCUAAACCUUCGAUCGACGUUACGUCGUUCACCACGGAUCACCUCCAGCAACCAUGGCUUCCCACGCCCCCGCCCACACAGCCCUCGGCUUCCAGUUUGAACAACAGCAACAACAACAACAGUGCACUAGAGGACUUUGUGCUCUAUCCAGCCCCGCAGCCCCGUCCGCAGCCUCGAUUCAGAGACUCGCGUUCGCUAGCCCCGAACACUGCCCUUAGGCCAUCUGCCCUUCAGCCCUUUCUGGCGCAGAAUAACCCUCGACGACACACUUUCAGUUUGCAGUUGCAACGCCAUCUCCAGCAGCAGUUCCCUGGUUCUCCUGUUCAGGACCCCAGAGUGACCCAGCUUACCCGGUCUCCUUCCUACUGGUCUCACCCCACCGUGAAGCACUCAAAGCCUUAUUCGGCAACCGUGCCCACCAACUCCCCUCAACGUCCCCCCAUCCCGCCGUUCCACGCCGGUAAUAUUCCACUUGAAAAAAGAAAACAGUACAUGCAAUACCGUCGCAACAUGUCUACUCCCAACUUCCAAGAACACGACACCGAGCUUUUCGGUCUCCCAUCUGCCGGUGGCAUGGGAUCGUUCACCUUUGACGAGCUCCUGGGUCAGGAGACCGGCGCGCUCUCUCCUGAGGCGCCUGCCGGAACCAUCUCCCCCCAGGACCUCAUGUUUGACCACUCGAUUCCGCCCUCGGGCACUUUCACCGACUUGAGCACUCCCCCCUUCGACUCUCCUGGCACCUUUAGCCAGAAUCCUUCUCCUCUCUUCACCGAUGUGGACUUUAUUGAUAAUGACAACUGGGCCCCUCUCUUCCAUGACGGAGCCAUCGGAAACCCGGCCGCUCCUGGUAUCUUCAAUGCGUCGGACUUCGCGUCCGCCAUGGCUGAGCCAAAGAAGCAAAUGCAGCCCUCGAUUGAGAUGUCGCCUGCUCCUAAGCCCCUUUCUUCCGGUGUUAAGUCUUCUCCCAUGUCUGCAACUGGCACAACAAGACACUCCAGUGUCGCUGGCAUCACCCGUCAGCGCAAGGAUUUGUCUCCAAUCGAGUUUGAUCCCAAUGACCCGAUCGCUACUAAGCGUGCUCGCAAUACUGAGGCUGCCCGGAAGUCUCGUGCGAAGAAGCUGGCCCGUCAGGCCAGUGCUGAAAGUCGCAUCCAGGCCUUGGAGGAUCAGCUGUCUGAGCGUGAUGAGAUCAUUGCUAAUCUGCAAGCUCAACUCGCCGUUCUCCAGGCCAACCAGUGA